GGAGGAGAGCGGAGAGCCCCAUCCCGAGAGCGAGAGCGAGAGCGAGAGAGAGAGAGAGAGAGAAAGAGAGAAUGAGGGGCUGGGAAGAUUUAGGGGUGGUGGAGACCAUCUACGAGGAGGAAUAUGAAGACUCUUCCAACUCCCCCUCUCUUUCACCUACUCUCACCCUUCCCCCAACACCCCUUCAAACUAGAGUCCAAACAUGGUCGCUGGCUAUCGGGGCUGAAACCGACGUCUCGAUACAUGUUCAAGACCAACUUUUUCAACUCCACAAGGAUCCUCUGACGUCCAGAAGCGGUUAUCUGAAACGGCACCUGUCGGGAUGCUCCGAAAUAACUGUCUCCCCGCCGUUGAGCAUAACGGCACAGACGUUUUCCCUUGUUGCCGACUUCUGUUACGGUUCCGAUGUCGUCAUAACACCUUUCAAUGUCGCUGCUCUACGAAUCGCGGCGGAGUUGCUUGACAUGAACGAGGAAAACUGCGGCGAUGGAGUCAACGACGGCAAUUUGCGCCAGAGAACGGAAAUCUACUUCUGUCAGGCAGUGUCCGCUAACCGUGAGUACGCGACCAUCGUGCUCCGUUCGUGUCUGGAGUUGCUUCCGGAGGCGGAAGAAAGGGGGUUUCUGGUGAGCAGAUGCAUUGAAGCGCUGGGUCUGAUGGACGGUGUCGAUGAAACUAACGCCUGGAUUCAUGACCUUACAUCUUUGUCGGUCGGUUUAUUUCAAAAGAUCGUCGGUUCCAUGCACGAGAAAUUAUCUCUCAAUCACGAUCUUCUCUACAGAAUAGUCGAUUUUUAUCUCAAGGAAAAUGGCGUCAAAAUAACGGAAGAAGAGAAAAGUAAAAUGUGCGGGUCUGUGGAUUGUAACAAGCUCUCAUCUCACCUCCUCAGGCACGCAGUUCAGAACCCAAGAAUGCCUUUGAGAUUCAUAGUCCGAGCCAUGCUGGUUGAGCAGCUGAACACACGCCAUUGUGUCAUCUCUACAGCCACUUCCGCCAUCAACAGUCAUCAGCGCAAGGUUCAAGUCAAAGACAAAAAUGAAGCUGUAACGCUCGGUGCAAUCCUACAGCGAGAUGCAGCGUUGCGACAAGUGGCGCAACUUAAGGAAUCAAUGGAAACGACGAACUCAAGAAUUGAAAGCCUAGAGAGAGAGCUCAUGAACAUGAAGAAUCUGCUGCGGGAAUCAGAGAAUAAGAGAGAAGCAUUGGAAUCAGGUCGGUCAGCAAGCUUUCGCUUCAACUCAGAGAAAAAGGUCGGAAAGGGGGAGAGAGAAUCAGUCUCCUCCGCCAGCUUCCGGUUCGGUGAUAAAGGAGAGAGAGGGGGAUCUUCUUCUUCCUCUUCCGAUAGAUCCUGCGAUGAGAAUAAUUUGCGAAACAGCAAAAAGAGUUUAGGUUGGAGGUUGAUGAACGGGUUGAAGAGUGCAUUCCGAACAUCGUCAUCAACGGCAAAACCUGAAUCCGAUGGUUGGAUUUCAAGCAAAGAGGAUGGAAAUUGUGACGAGGAUGGAGACGAAGACUUGGUCGUGAUCAAGAAGGAUCGGCCUUUUCACCACCGAAGGAAUCUUUCCCUGGUGUAAAGUUAACUAUUUUCUUAAUUUUCUUCGAAUUUAUUUAACAGCAGAUCGACUUAAUAGUUAUUUGUUCAAUUUUGGUUCAAAAUACCGAAAGUGAGUACUAACCUUACAAUUAGAGAGAAGAUUGUGCUUAACAUGAAAGUCUCUUCAAUCA